AUGGGCUGCAAUGCGAGCCCUGGAGAUGAACGUCUCGCGGUCGGCCGAAGGAAGCUCGCGUGCCCGGCAGGGCGAGGGAGCAGGCGCUUGAGCCGGUGAAAACUCUACUAGGGUUUUUCUUCUCGGCAGCUGCCCCUUAUUGCUGUGCCCUUGACCGGGACAAAUCCAUCGUCUAGUGCAAAGUGGUCCUCGACUAGUCAGACUGCCUACUCAGCAGGACUGUAUUUUACCGCCUGCGCGCCUCCAAACCCAUCCUCGAAUUCCCUAACAAUAAAGCAAUGAAGAAAACGCGUAUGUGUGGAAUUUGGGGGGGGGGCGGGUUCUUUAACGUGUGCAACAUACAUUUGCUGUUGUUUUAACUACCUUUGAGAGGUGGGUGCUCUGCCCAUGCUCAGAGGCUCCAUCUCAUGAUUCUUACAGUUGUCUCUUGCAAGAUAUCAAAUGCUGGGAGUGGGAGGCUUCCUCCCCACCCAAAACGCAGCACUCAUUGUUGUCUGAACCCCCCUGCUGGAUCUGCGCUUCCACUCAGCAUGCAUGUAGUCCAUUAUCAAAACCACUUCAGUUAUUUAUUUAUUGACAAACCUCUACCUUUGAGACCCCAAUGAGGGUGACAAGAAAGUGGCUUGAGGCCCAGUUCAGUUAGCAAAGUGAUGCUUCUAGAUAUUUUUAUGAAAACCAGUAUGUGAUUAUUAGUAGUAGUAUUAUGAAAUAGUUAACAGUUCUCAAAUUAAAUCUACUUAGGACAGAAUAUCAAAGAAAAAGUGCUCUCUCAAGCCCACAUUCCCAGCAUGUUUGCAGAUAUCUACGCUGGUCAUGUCCACAGAAUGGAAGAUGACAGGAUCCCAAAGGAUCCCCUACAGGGAGCUGGCUUCAGGCAUCAGGCCUGCUGGCAGAACAACUCUGGAUUACAAAGAUGUAUGCAAAUGUGACAUGAAGGCUAGCAACAUCAACCCUGCCAUUUGGGAAUCCCUGCAGUACCUGGAAACAGUCAGGUUGUGAAUCCACAGCAGUGGCCAAAGGGGAAUGACCACUGGGAGGAGCACAGAGAGAAGAAACACCAUGAUGCAUCUGUAGCAGCACAACCUGAUACCUUCAUCUGCCCCAGCUACAAUAUAUAUAACUAUCUCCUGUAUUGGUCUCUACAGCCACAGCAGGCGCUGUAACCUUACAACAGUUUGACUUCACUCACAAAGGCACACUCUAUCAGGGUUGGAGUCAGACACAGGUCAGCAAUAAAGGAAGCAGAUCUCCAUUAUCUCUUUAUUCAAGGAAACAAACACACAACUCAACCUAGUGAUCUCAGCAAACUAGUGGUCUUGCCCCUAUGGAGCAGUUGCCAAGACUGAAGGUCCCUGUCUUCCAUGCCUCUCUAAGGCUCUUCCCCAGCAAUCUCAAAUUGCGUGUGCAUACCUCUGGUCUCUGUCCUUCCCUCCUCAUUAUUCUGCUUGUUCUGGGAGAUGGGGGAGGGGAGCUUGUUGAAGCAGGACAGAUUCCUGAGAUUCUUCAGCAGCCUCCUGACUCCCCUCCUCUGCUUCAGCUGCUGAAUGUGAACUACUCUCUGGCACAGGCUGUCCCUGCUCACUAAACCCUGUUGCCCCUUUGGCAUUUGGCACCUCUUCCCAAUCUUCUCCCUUUGUCCUCUCCCCAGUGUCCCACCACUGAUCUCCUGGCUCUGAGCCUUCUGCCUCCUGGGCUCCCCUUGGGGGUUCCCUGGUGGAUGCCUCCCCCUACUCCUCUUCCUCCAGCCAGUCUCUGACACACUCCUCCAUUGUCUCCAGAAAGAGACAGAUGCUAAGAGACAACAGCAGAACAGCACCUGUGUGCAAUCUGUAUGCAGUUGUUUGGAUUGAAGCCCCAUGAACACAAUCAGGCUCCCCCCCCCGCCCCCGUGCUAAAUUUAAGGCUUAAAUCCUAAGAAACACUGAACACUGCAGGACUUCCUUCCAAGUGAACUUGCAAGGAAGACUCUAUUUCUCUCUUUCGUGCACAGUUUUCUGCCGUAGCCACUCCUGUGGAACUGCUGCAAUGGGCUAAGGCUUCCAUGCGGGGUCCCCCUUGCCUCGUUCGCUCUGCCUUUUACGGAAAAUUGACGCUUUGAGGCUUUCCCUUUCAGGCGGAACUGUACGCCGCCGUCGCUGUUAGCGAGUAAGGCCGUGUUGCUUGCGGCCCCAACCGGAAGCGCGUCGCUUGCCAGUCUCGUAAUUUGCGUAAGAGUCUCGCCUCCUGCUCUUGGGAAAGAGUCUCGCCUCCUGCUCUUGCGCGGUAGUUGCAUUGGUGCUUUGUCAAUUUGCAGGUAAAAAAAGGAACAAAAUAUCUCAUUGCCGCCACAUUUUGUUAUAAUGUACGUGUCCAUAAAAGCCUUCCGUAAGGCUUCUCACUUGGAAGGAAGGACCUGCGAAUUGGUCUCCCUCCUUCUCCCCGUCUUUAAAUAGGAAACCGUUCUUAAGCCAAGCUUCGUUCCCGCGCUUUAUUCAGAAUUUCUCUCUGACUUCAUCUAUCUGCUGUUCAGCUGCAUUGAUCGGGCGGCGGAAACGGCUGUGUGAAGGUUUAGCUCAAAAUGGUUUCGCCUUCUUCCACCCAACGAAUAAUGUAUUUUAAACUGCAGUCGUUUGCAGCAUAAGGUUUGCACACUAUCCUAGAAGUAAAUCCCGUUAAACUCGUGCAGGCAUGCGUAGGAGCGCCCUACUGGGCUUGGAAUACUAUGGGAAAGGAAGUUCCUAUUUCUCCUGUUGACUGUAUGUGACACUCUCACUGCUCACAGAGGAUAGUACAGUAUCUUCACAUAAGAAGGUGAUGGGAUGAUGGAGGCAGGGAUUGUUGCCAGAGGCAUUUGUGCUUAUUCCACUAUCAUCUAUGUGUACAAGUUCCUGUCGUUGCUACCUGUUUGAUCAGAAAUGACACCAGAACAAAAUAAGUGUGUGUGUGUUAUAGGAAACAGCUGUAUCAUACUACUUUCAACUAUUUCAGACUAUUUUGUCAACUCUCAUUGUCUCUGGCUACUUCCUGAUUAUUUGGAGAAAAGGGAUAACAUUCUGAUCUGCUUGGAUCAUGACAGGAAGACAUUUUUAAAAAUGCAAAAUAGCACAGAUACCUUUUAUAUGCUUUAUUAUAGAGGAGCCUUGGCUCUUUUUGUCCGCACCUCCCAUUCUAUAUUCCUAUGCUUUGUUGCCUGCAUCAGCUGUCCAUUAUAAUUUUUUCCCUAUGUGGGCAAUUUGUGAACUGGUCAAGCAUGAAUUUAAAAAGGUGUUUUUUUAUAUAUUUUAUAGUCUAAUCAGUCUACAGCUGGCCAAAUAUCAGUCCUACCACUGUGGAUGGUGGAACCCACACCUCACUUAGAUUCAUUUUAUUGGGCCUAAUCUCCUAUGUAAACAUAUUUAGGAUGAAUGUCCCAGGCCACAGGCCACAGAUCACAGAAGGCACUGUUAAAAGGAAAUCCACAUGUAGUCAAGACAAUCACACACAACAAACAUACUCUGCAUAACUGUGUUGGGAAGCCAUAAUUGACAGUAUCACUAUUGCAUCAUGUAUAUAGCUGGGAUUAGCAGAAGAAAGAUCCAGACCUACUGGUAGCUCUCGGAAUUAUUUGAGAAGCCACAGAGGAUAUAGUUGUAUAUUGUGAGUUCCAUUCCAUUCUGCUACUCAAAACAAAUUCCUGGGCUCAGAGUUCUUUCAUUCUAAGUCUUUUGUGCUAAGCUCCGGUUGGUAUAUCUCAGAGUUCAAGUAAAAAACAAACCAGAUCCCACAAGCUUAUAGUCUGUGUACCCUUGGUGUAUAGUAUAUGUGUGACAAACAAGGUGUGUAGGAAUUAUGUAACACCUGAACAAGAGCCCUUGUAGUUUGCAUUCAGUUCCCCCAUUGGUCAAUAAGAUGCGCUUUGGAAACCCACAAACAGGACAUGAGCAUACUAGCACCCUCCUGAUUGUGAACUAGCCUGUAGCUUGAGUGUUGGUGAAAAGCAAAUCUGGGCAGUUUCAGUACUGCUUAAUUUUAUUCAAAUGUGGUUAGAAUCAUAAUUAUGGAAAGUGAAAUUCAUUAUGCCUUCUUCAUUUUCAUGUGUCGUAUGAGUUCAUCAUUUAUGCUGUGUCUAUAAUGACCUCUUUAAAAAUUACUUCAGCCUAAAUGGUAAGUGAGCUUAUCCUGAAUUUGAGAUGAUUUCCUUUGGUUGUCUCUUUUUCUCUAGGUUACUACUGGAUGAAUGA